AUGGCAGAGCGCGAAGUCCGCUACAAGAUGGGGGCCGCCCAGUCCGUUUCCGCCGAAACCUUCGGGCGCCCCGGUCGUCGUACCUUCCGGCUGGUUGCGGAGGCCGGAAGAGCCCAAUCCUUUAUCUGGCUCGAGAAAGAGCAGCUUGUCCAACUGGCCCUUUAUCUCCAGCAGGCCGUCAAGCAGAUUGGCGAAACCGUCGUCGAUAAAGACAGCGCCCCCGGAGAAACUCCCUGGAUGGGCGACCCGUUGGAACAGGACUUUCACGCUCGCCAGAUGCAGUUGGAGUACGACAAGGAAGCGAACUGCUUUGUCAUCCACGCCUACGAGGGCGACGAGGAUGAUCCUGACGCCGGCGCCCAGACUUCGGUCAGCUUCUGGAUUACUAUGGCACAGUCUUCGGCGCUGGCCGACCAGGCAUUGCGGAUUUGCGCUGCCGGACGGCCCCCUUGCUUCCUGUGUGGCGCGCCCAUAGAUCCCGACGGCCACCGCUGCGCUCGUGCUGACGGCCACGCCGUAUUCGAAACGGGCUAGCCAGCCUUCAGCCCACGUUUCCCGUGGUCACCGACGGGCCAUCUGACCUUGACCUGCUGCAGCGCGGGGAGAUCCGGAGCUGUGACCUUACGCGGCAGGGCUCCAACUACACCUACCUCGCCGAGAUCGCCCUCGACGAUCGUUACUGCCUGGCGAUCUACAAGCCCAAGCAGGGCGAAUGGCCCUUGUGGGAUUUCCCGUCCGGCACUCUCUACCAGCGCGAGUACGCCGCCUACCUGCUCAGCCACAUCCUGGGUUGGGAUUUCAUCCCGCUCACCGUCAUCCGGGAGGGCCCGGGCGGAAUCGGCUCCGUCCAGCUCUACGUUGACCACAACCCCAGGGAGAACUACUACACCAUUACGCGCGAGGAACUCAGCGAGUGCGACGCUGACCAGCUACGCGCCAUCUGCUGCUUCGACCUGGUUGCCAACAACACCGACCGCAAGCCUGAACACGUCCUCCGCGCUCCGGACGGCAAGCUGUGGGGCAUCGACCACGGCCUCACCUUCCACGCCGAUACCAAGAUCCGCACCGCCAUCUGGGACUUCGCCGACGAACCCAUACCCGA